UUGAGUUUCAUUUGUUAUUUCGAGAUUUAUACAUAAGCCUACCCUAACCUACCCGCAUUAAAAAUAAUAUAAGGAAAAUUAUUUCUUUUUAAUUACUUUUUGCCUAAAAUACAACGAGACGACGGACGCGAAGGGUUCGUGGAAAGGAGUUGCACGAAGGAAAAAAAGUAGAAGACAGAAGAAUGAGUGACUACGACGUGCAAUGUACAUCGCUGGCAUCAGACGAUGAAAGUGAUAUUUCUCUAAGUACUUCACAUGGAAGUCAUGAAGCGUCUCCAUAUGUGCUAAGAGAAAGUCCGGUUGACUCUCAUGAGUCACACAGCGAAAUUUUACCUGAAUUGAUCAUAGAAGUAGAAAAGAAAUUCUCACACGAUGUACCAAAAGAAGUCUACGAAAAGUUAGAGAAAUCAAUGGUUAAACUCUACAUAAAACAUAUUUUGAAUAUCGAUGAUGAUACAAUUUCUGUGGAUUCAAUAAUGGAAAGAUAUUAUGAAGCUGAGGCUAAUUGUGAUGAUGGAAUAAACAUUGAAAGAUCGGUUGAAGAAGAAUUGGAAAGGCUAGAUAUACAAGACACUGAUGAUGGAAAUGAUGAUUCCGAAAACAAAACAGAUGAAGAAGAAAAUAGUAAUGCUUCGCCUGAAAAAGAUGCCGAGCGAGACGUUACUCUUACUUACGAUUUUCCAAGAAGUCCAGGAUUAUCACCGAUACCAGAAGUAACAGAAUAUUUUUCUCGAAGUUCUUCACAUGAGAGUCUAAAGGGUCGAGAAACAGCUUCUCAAAGUUAUUCACACGUGACUGAAGGAAUUGUAGAAGUUAGCAUUAAUGGUUCUACUCGAGAUGGAGCCUCGGAUAGUCUUGAAAAAACUAAAGAUGUAAGCAAAGAGAGCCACGAAAUAGCAACUCCCGAAGCGAUGAGACGUUGUCCAAGAUCGAGACUAACUGAUAUUAUCCCUAUAAGAAGGAGAAUAAUAUAUGAAGACUUGCUCGAAUUUACUCCUCCUAGUCAAGCGUGGGCAUUGCCACACACUUCUUUUGAAAAUACAUCGGGUCGAGAAGAUACCCCAGUCGCUCCUAAUGAAGAUGAAGAUGCCCCAAUCUCUCCUUGUGAGGACCGAGAAGUUUCUCCGUGUUUCCCGAUCACAGGGCGAGCUAAAACUACUUCAUAUAAUCUAAUUGAAGAUAGACAAGACACUGACCGUGGAAAUGAUGAUGCUGAAAAUAGAACAGGUGAAAAAGCAAAUAGUGAUGCUUUGCCUGAAACAGAAGACGAACGAGACGUUACAUACCGUUACACAGGGCGAGCUAAAGCUACUUCAUAUAAUCCAAUUGAAGAUAGACAAGACACUGACGGUGGAAAUGAUGAUGCUGAAAAUAGAACAGAUGCAGAAGAAAAUAGAAAUGUUUUGCCUGUAAUAGAAGUCGAACGAGACGUUAUUUACCGUUUUGCAAAAAUCCCAGGAUUAUCACCGAUACCAGAAGUUAGCGAACAUUUUUCUCAAAUUUCUUCAUAUGAGGGUCAAAAAGGUCGAAAAACAGCGCUUCGAACUUAUUUACGCAUGACUGAAGGAGAUGUGGAAGUUAGCAUUAACGGCUCUACUCAAGCCGAGAGACGAGCCUCGGAUGAUCUUGCAAAAACUACAGAUGCAAGCCAAGAGAGCGAAGUUACAGCAACACCUGAAGCGAUGAGACGUCGUCGAAGCUCAAAACAAACCGAAAUUUCUUCUAUAAAAAGAACUUCAGAUGAAAACUUGCAUGAAUUAACUUCUCCUUCUAAAGCGUUGAGGAUGUCACUCAUAGAAUCUGCUCAAGAAUCUGUUUCUUUUGAAAAUACAACGAGUCGAGAAGAUGCCCCCAUCUCACCGAAUGAUAACGAAGAUAUCCCAAUCUCUCCCUGUGAGGAUCAAGCAGUUUCUCCGUGUUUCCCCAUCACAGGGCGAGCUAAAGCUAUAUCAUUUAAUCCAAUUGAAGAUAGAAAAGAUACUGAUUGUGAAAAUGAUGAUGCUGAAAAUGGAACACAUGAAAAAGAAAAGACUGAUGCUUUGCCUGAAACAGAAGUCGAACGAGACGAUAUUUACCGUUUUGCAAGAAUCCCAGAUAUACAAGACACUGAUGAUGGAAAUGAUGAUUCCGAAAACAAAACAGAUGAAGAAGAAAAUAGUAAUGCUUCGCCUGAAAAAGAUGCCGAGCGAGACGUUACUCUUACUUACGAUUUUCCAAGAAGUCCAGGAUUAUCACCGAUACCAGAAGUAACAGAAUAUUUUUCUCGAAGUUCUUCACAUGAGAGUCUAAAGGGUCGAGAAACAGCUUCUCAAAGUUAUUCACACGUGACUGAAGGAGUUGUAGAAGUUAGCAUUAACGGUUCUACUCGAGAUGGAGCCUCGGAUAGUCUUGCAAAAACAAAAGGAUUAUCGCCGAUAUCAGAAGUAAGCGAACAUUUUUCUCGAAUGUUUUCACGUGAGGGUCAAAAAAGUCGAGAAACAGCGCCUCGAACUUAUUUACGCGAGACUGAAGAAGAUGUGGAAGUUAGCAUUAACGACUCUACUCAAGCCGAGAGACGAGCCUCAGAUAAUCUUGCAAAAACUACAGAUGCAAGCCCAGAGAGCGACAAAACAGCAACUCCUGAAGCGAUGAGACGUCAGCGAAGUUCAACACUUACCGAGAUUUCUCCUAAAAGAAGGACUAUACAAAGGACACUCGUAGAAACAUCUAAAGAAUCUGUUUCUUCUGAAAAUACAACAGGUCGAGAAGAUGUCCCAAUCUCUCUUUGUGAGGAUCGAGAAGUUUCUCCGUGUUUCCCAGUUACAGGGCGAGCUAAAUCUACUCCAUAUCUAACUGAAAGUAAACAAGAUGCAAGCAAAGCAAGCUCUGACGCCCAAACUCCUGAAGUGGUAAGACGUCGACGGAGUUUUAAAGUGACGGACAUUAUCGCAGUAAAAAAAACUAAAUAUGACGACUUACACCACUUUACUCCUCCUACUCCUCGAGACUCGAGGACAAUACACGCAGAAAGUAUUGAAGAGGACACUUUUGAAUUUUUAGGCCGACCAGUUCCACCUACUCGAGUAUCAAGGCCGGUAAACUUAGAAAACAAUCAAGAUGAUCCUUUUAUAUUUACAGCGGAUCCAGAUGACCCUUUCUCUCCAUAUAAGAGUCGACGUAGUGUUUCACACUCACCAUAUAAAGGCCGACCAGUUCCACCUACUCGAGUAUCAAGGCCGGUAAACUUAGAAAACAAUCAAGAUGAUCCUUUUAUAUUUACAGCGGAUCCAGAUGACCCUUUCUCUCCAUAUAAGAGUCGACGUAGUGUUUCACACUCACCAUAUAAAGGCCGACCAGUUCCACCUACUCGAGUAUCAAGGCCGGUAAACUUAGAAAACAAUCAAGAUGAUCCUUUUAUAUUUACAACGGAUCCAGAUGACCCUUUCUCUCCAUAUAAGAGUCGACGUAGUGUUUCACACUCACCAUAUAAAGGCCGACCACCUACUCGAGUAUCAAGGCCGGUAAACUUAGAAAGCAAUCAAGAUGAUCCUUUUAUAUUUACAACGGAUCCAGAUGACCCUUUCUCUCGAUAUAAGAGUCGACGUAGUGUUUCACACUCACCAUAUAAAGGCCGACCACCUACUCGAGUAUCAAGGCCGGUAAACUUAGAAAGCAAUCAAGAUGAUCCUUUUAUAUUAACAGCGGAUCCAGAUCGCCCUUUCUCUCCAUAUAAGAGUCGAUGUAGUGUUUCACACUCACCAUAUAAAGGUCGAUCAGGUGUCCCAGUCUCUCGAAGUGAGGGUCGAGAUGUUCCAUCCUCUUCAAAUGUGGGUGGAGAUAUCUCGGGACGGGACGUAAGACGGGAAAUUUCUCGACCAACUUUUACUCCAAUAGCCAGCACAUCUUCGACAUCUUCGCCAAGAGAGAAUCCUUUGCCAGAAUUGAUAAUAGAAGUAGAAAAAAAACAUGUCAACGACGAAUCAGAAGAAUUUUAUAAAGAUUUAGAGAGAAUGAUGGUAAAAGUCUACCUAAAGUAUAUUUUGGAAGAUGAUGACAUAGACUCUGAUGAUUCUGAUGUGCAGAAAUACAAUUCCCUUAUAUAGUCGAGUAUCUAUUAAAGCAAAAAUAUCACACCUGCUGGUGAGUGAUGCAGUUAUGCGAAUAGGUUUAAAGAAUAAAUACAUAAGAUGAAUAUAAAUAAAAGUAAUAAAGAACUAGAUUCACGUGAUUAAUUGAAUUAAGCCCGACUAUUUUUGAACCCAUUACGGGAUCCUUUUUCAAAGGACCUCCGCUCAAUUCAUUCUCUAACUUCAGUAUAAGAUUUUACUUCUCACCAAUUUUCAUAAUACAGUCUGUACAAAAGUGAAACAAAAUAACGUGAAAGUAAAAUGGAUAUACAAAUUCUUGAUUUAAUGUCAAAAAUUCAGUACCGUUGAUUUUAAUUUCGCAACGUUUCUGCUUGGAGCAUUGGCUGUAUAUAUACUCGUAUGUAUAAACUUAAGCAUUAAAUAAAGUGAAUAAGGACCAUUAUACUUUAACGCUUAAGUGUUUCGACUCUUAAAUACUAACCAACCUUGGUGAGAA